UCCAUUUCUGCCAAAAUGUGUGACGACGAUGUUGCUGCGAUGGUUAUCGACAACGGCUCCGGCAUGUGCAAGGCCGGGUUCGCCGGUGACGACGCCCCCAGAGCUGUCUUCCCCUCUAUCGUUGGCCACCCAACACAUCGGGGUGUGAUGGUCGGUAUGGGACGGGACAGCUACGUCGGUGACCAGGCUCAGUCAAUGAGACAUAAUCUCACCCUCAAGUACCCAAUCAAGCAUGGUAUCGUCACCAACUGGGACGACAUGGAGAAGAUCUGGCAUCACACCUACAACGAGCUCCGUGUGGCCCCAGAGGAGCACCCCGUCCUUCUGACUGAGGCUCCACUCAACCCCAAGGCCAACCGUGAAAAGAUGACCAAGAUCAUGUUCGAGACCUUCAACUCUCCAGCUAUGUAUGUGGCCAUCCAGGCUGUUCUGUCUCUUCACGCAUCUGGUCGUGUCACGGGUAUUGUUCUUGACUCUGGUGAUGGUGUCACCCACACUGUCCCCAUUGACGUGGGUUACGCCCUUCCGCACGCCAUAACGAGUCUGGAUCUUGCUGGUUGUGGCCUCACAGACUACCUCAUUAGGAUCCUGACUGAACGUGGUUACUCCUUCACCACCAUUGCCGAACGAGAAAUCGUCAGGGACAUCAAGGAGAAGUUAGCUUACAUUGCUUUAGACUUUGAACAGGAAAUGCAGACUGUUGCCUCUUCCUCUUCAUUGGAGAAGAUCUACGAGCUUCCCGACGGUCAGGUCAUCACCAUUGGCAACGAGAGGUUCCGUUGUCCAGAGGCCCUCUUCCAGCCAUCCUUCUUGGGUAUGGAAUCUGCUGGUAUCCAUGAAACAACAUACAACUCCAUCAUGAAGUGUGAUGUUGAUAUUCAUAAAGACUUGUAUGCCAACAUUGUUCUCUCAGGAGGUACCACCAUGUUCCCCGGUAUCGCCGACAGAAUGCAGAAGGAGAUCACAGCCCUUGUUCCAGCAUCAAUGAAGAUCAAGAUCAUCGCGCCUCCAGAGAGGAAAUACUCCGUCUGGAUCGGUGGCUCCAUCCUUGCCUCUCUGUCCACCUUCCAGCAGAUGUGGAUCAGCAAGCAGGAGUACGAUGAGUCCGGCCUAUCCAUUGUUCACAGGAAGUGUUAUUAGGGUCUGAAGUUGGACACGAUAGUGACAUUUUAGCGAAUACUUUUCAUCAUUGAUAAGGCCACUAUUAAACAUUGUUCUUCUGAUUGUUGUCCAAAUCUGAAGAUACGGAGUGCAACUGUUUUGUUAUUGAAAUAACUAAGUAAAUUGCAUCAGGAGCCUUUGUGUAUUUA